GAGAGCAUGGUGCCAGCGCCCGGGUUAAUCUAGUUCUCUGCUCGCUCCCUUUUUUUUCCUUCUCCUCGUCUUCCUCCUCCUCCUCUCCCCCCUCCCCUCCUGUCGGUGCCGCCUCAGGGUUCCCGGCGUGUGGGAGUGCAAGUCGCUGCCUCUCCAAGGAGACCGGUUUGUGACCACUGAACAGAACUUGCCCAUUGAAAGCAAGCCCGGAACAGCUGGAUAAUGUCCACUCCGAGCAGAUUCAAAAAGGACAAAGAGAUCAUAGCCGAGUAUGAAAGUCAAGUCAAAGAAAUUCGAGCUCAACUGGUAGAACAACAAAAAUGCCUGGAGCAGCAAACGGAGAUGCGAGUUCAGCUUCUCCAGGACCUGCAAGAUUUCUUCCGAAAAAAAGCCGAAAUUGAAACAGAAUAUUCUCGGAACCUGGAGAAGUUAGCAGAAAGGUUCAUGGCCAAAACUAGAAGCACUAAGGACCAUCAACAAUACAAGAAAGACCAGAACCUGUUAUCUCCGGUGAACUGCUGGUAUUUGCUCCUGAACCAAGUGAGGAGAGAAAGCAAAGACCAUGCCACCUUGAGUGACAUCUAUCUGAACAACGUGAUUAUGCGCUUCAUGCAGAUCAGUGAGGAUUCCACCAGGAUGUUUAAAAAGAGCAAAGAGAUUGCAUUCCAACUUCAUGAGGAUUUAAUGAAGGUUCUUAAUGAGCUUUAUACGGUGAUGAAAACAUACCAUAUGUAUCAUGCAGAGAGCAUCAGUGCCGAGAGCAAGCUGAAAGAGGCCGAGAAACAAGAGGAAAAGCAAAUUGGGAGAUCUGGUGAUCCAGUCUUCCACAUUAGACUGGAAGAGAGGCACCAGCGGCGAAGCUCUGUGAAGAAAAUUGAAAAAAUGAAAGAAAAGAGACAAGCAAAAUAUUCAGAAAAUAAGCUAAAAUCAAUUAAGGCCCGGAAUGAGUAUCUUCUAACGCUUGAAGCAACUAAUGCCUCAGUUUUCAAGUAUUAUAUUCAUGAUCUUUCAGAUUUAAUUGAUUGCUGUGAUCUUGGCUACCAUGCAAGUCUGAACAGAGCGCUAAGAACAUAUCUCUCUGCGGAAUAUAACCUUGAAACCUCCAGACAUGAAGGCUUAGACAUUAUUGAGAAUGCAGUUGACAAUUUAGAGCCCAGGAGUGAUAAGCAGAGAUUCAUGGAGAUGUACCCUGCUGCAUUCUGUCCACCAAUGAAGUUUGAGUUUCAGUCUCACAUGGGUGAUGAGGUGUGCCAGGUCAGCGCCCAGCAGCCGGUGCAGGCGGAUCUGAUGCUCAGGUACCAACAGCUGCAGUCCCGCCUCGCCACGCUCAAAAUCGAAAACGAGGAGGUCAAGAAAACAACUGAAGCCACCUUGCAGACAAUACAAGACAUGGUCACCAUUGAGGACUAUGAUGUUUCUGAAUGCUUCCAGCAUAGUCGCUCCACGGAGUCUGUGAAGUCCACUGUCUCUGAAACCUACCUGAGUAAGCCCAGCAUCGCCAAGAGAAGAGCUAACCAGCAGGAAACAGAACAGUUCUACUUCAUGAAACUCAGAGAAUAUUUGGAAGGCAGUAAUCUCAUUACAAAACUUCAAGCCAAACAUGACUUGCUGCAGAGGACUCUUGGAGAAGGUCAUAGAGCUGAAUAUAUGACUACAAGGCCUCCAAAUGUUCCCCCUAAGCCCCAGAAACACAGGAAGUCCAGACCCCGCUCACAGUAUAAUGCUAAGUUGUUUAAUGGGGAUUUGGAAACAUUCGUCAAGGACUCAGGGCAGGUCAUCCCCCUCAUUGUGGAAAGCUGUAUUCGGUUCAUCAAUCUUUAUGGUCUUCAGCAUCAGGGGAUUUUCAGAGUGUCUGGUUCCCAGGUGGAAGUCAAUGACAUUAAAAAUUCAUUUGAGAGAGGUGAAAAUCCUUUGGCCGAUGACCAGAGUAACCAUGACAUUAACUCAGUUGCUGGCGUUCUAAAGCUCUAUUUCCGUGGGCUGGAAAACCCCCUCUUUCCUAAGGAAAGAUUUAAUGAUCUGAUUUCUUGUAUCAGAAUAGAUAAUCUCUAUGAGAGGGCGCUGCACAUCCGCAAACUCCUCCUAACCCUGCCCAGGUCGGUCCUUAUAGUGAUGAGGUACCUCUUUGCCUUCCUCAAUCAUCUUUCACAGUACAGUGAUGAGAACAUGAUGGACCCCUAUAACCUGGCCAUUUGCUUUGGCCCAACAUUGAUGCCCGUCCCAGAAAUACAGGAUCAAGUGUCUUGCCAGGCUCAUGUGAAUGAAAUUGUCAAAACCAUCAUCAUCCACCAUGAGACUAUUUUCCCUGAUGCGAAAGAGCUGGAUGGCCCUGUUUAUGAGAAAUGUAUGGCUGGUGAUGACUAUUGUGACAGCCCAUACAGUGAGCAUGGUACCUUGGAGGAAGUGGACCAAGAUGCUGGGACAGAGCCCCACACCAGUGAAGAUGAAUGUGAGCCAAUAGAAGCAAUAGCCAAGUUUGACUAUGUGGGGCGGUCUGCCAGAGAGCUGUCCUUCAAGAAGGGUGCCUCCCUGCUGCUGUAUCACCGCGCGUCCGAGGACUGGUGGGAAGGCAGGCACAACGGGCUUGACGGGCUUGUGCCCCACCAGUAUAUAGUGGUGCAGGACAUGGAUGAUACGUUUUCUGACACUCUGAGCCAAAAAGCUGACAGUGAGGCCAGUAGUGGGCCAGUCACUGAAGACAAGUCCUCAUCCAAGGACAUGAACUCCCCGACAGACCGCCAUUCUGAUGGCUACUUAGCCAGACAAAGAAAAAGAGGAGAGCCACCCCCUCCAGUAAGGCGUCCUGGCAGGACCAGUGAUGGCCAUUGCCCCCUUCACCCCCCGCACGCCCUUUCCAACUCCUCGGUUGACCUGGGGUCUCCAAACCUGGCCAGUCACCCCCGGGGCCUGCUGCAGAACCGUGGCCUCAACAAUGACAGUCCCGAGAGGAGGCGCCGGCCGGGCCACGGCAGCCUGACCAACAUUAGCCGGCACGACUCCCUCAAGAAGAUGGACAGCCCUCCUAUCAGGAGGUCCACGUCGUCAGGGCAGUACACGGGCUUCAGUGACCACAAGCCGCUGGACCCAGAGACCAUUGCUCAGGAUAUUGAGGAGACGAUGAACACCGCUUUGAGUGAACUACGAGAACUGGAGAGACAGAGCACAGCGAAGCAUGCCCCGGAUGUGGUGCUGGAUACCUUGGAACAAGUGAAAAACUCUCCCAUCCCUGCCACUUCCACGGAAUCUCUCAGUCCUUUGCACAACGUCACCCUCAGGAGCUCUGAGCCUCAGAUUCGACGUAGCACUAGCUCCUCCAGUGACACAAUGAGUACUUUCAAGCCUAUGGUGGCACCCAGAAUGGGCGUGCAGCUGAAGCCCCCAGCCCUUAGGCCGAAACCUGCUGUUCUUCCAAAAACAAACCCCACCAUAGGACCUGCCCCGCCUUCCCAGGGUCCAGCAGACAAGUCUUGCACGAUGUAAAAACCAGCUGAGCAAGGUCAUAAAGGGAGGUGAUUUUAAAAAGAAAACGGAUUAGCGACAAAAGUCAACGAUCCAUAACUUUGCUUAGUUUUGUGCUUAUAACUGGAGAUCUUUGGCUUUUCUAUGUUGUCGAAUGUAAUGUCUGAGACUAGCUAAAUUAACACGGGCAUUUGUAUUUUGUAAAUUUUUUUUAAUAACUGGACAUAUCUUAUGUCAUUUUAAAGACAAUAGAGACACUUAGACUUACUUGAAAAUCCAAUGCUGCACCACUUGUAAUGAAGGCAACACUGCUCUCCGCAUUGUACAGUGCUUCAGAUUUAGUGUAGCCCAGGUGAGUCAGACAUGUCUUGAUCCGAAGGCAGGAGAAUCCGAGUUCCAGGUCUCAUUGGUCUCAUCACCAGUGUUGGCCUGUGGUAUUUGGGGUAAUGGCUGAAAGGUGACAAUGGCGUUGGGUGGCAGCUGACAGUGAGCACCUCUGAUUCUGUGUAGAGCAGAGGUCCAGCUCCUGCUCAAGGCUUGCAGUUGUCACCGUGGGAUAUUCCCAGUGGGACCUUCAGCCCACGGUUUGAGUGGGUUGGAUGAUUGCCUCUUUCAUAACAAUCAUUUCCCUAGGUCCAGGUUACAUACUCAGUGGAAGCGGGUAGAACCUCUGCAGUUAUUGCUUGAACUAAACCUGGGAAAGGAGAGGGAGAUACCGUCCCCAAAGCUAUCGAUGUCACGCCUUCAAUGAGCAUGAUCAGGUCUGGGAGAUUUCCAAGUCCCUCCCCCGCAUUUACAAAAGACUAGAACUGUCUAAUUUUAAAGACUUUCUGGUUACACUUCUCUACAACCCCCUCCCAAGGUUUGUUGUUCAGUAACUGCCUGGAAAAUAUUUCUGUCUCCCCUAAAUCCCUGUGUUCUCCUCUGUGGAAACAGAGAAAGCAAGUAGCACCUGAGUCCUCGGUUCACUCAGCAUUCUCUUCUGGCUAAAUCACCUUGGUUCCUUUAAACAUGCCACAAAGGCCUGAUGGUCUUAAAUUUGAAAUUCUAACUGUCAUCUCCAUUUGUCUUUGAGCCACCAACCCAUAACUGGCUAUGGUACUUGAGUAAGAGCCUUGCUGGGCCAAAGUGAGAAGAUUACCUCAAUGUUCCAGGAUGUUUUCCACCCAGUUUUGCACCUGACUUUCUCUUUCUCUCCUACUCACCCCCCCUUUUUUUUGUAUGUGGUCUCUAUAAAACUCACAUAGUCAGCUGAGCUCUCAGUUAAGGACCCUCCUUCUCUGGCAUCCUAGCACACAGAUAAUUUUUCUUUAAUCUGUAUUUAUACUAUAUUUUCCCUCUAUCUUAAAGAAUUUACCUUGAAUUCACUUGUUUUUACUAAGGUACAAAUCCCUAUUGUCCUACCAGCAGCAUCUGAUAUCAUCAUCUGAUAUCAUCUAUAGGCCUGGGAGCAUUUUAUCUACUUUAUCAUUGAUCUUCCUGAUGAAGAGAUUUUGUUUUUAAGAAAAAUGGAUGACCCAGAACUAACCCCUUUGGACUACCCUUGGUUUCCUUCUAGGUUUGGUGCGGCCAAUUUCAUGCCCCCCUAAGAAUGACAGAGUAUGGAUUUAAAUUCAUCAGCCCAUUGGUUGAAUGCGUUAUGCAGAUGCAAAUCAGUAUCUGUACUAAAAUCAAGAUCAUUACUUUGAGCUCUACCUCAGUUUACCAUUCUAAUCAUCCUAUUACAGGAAGAGAUUAAUGAGACACUGCUACCUUUCAAAGUCACACUGCUGGUUGCUUGCCUAUGGCCUAAUUUCACAAAUGAAUUGAGUAGUGAUUUUUUUUUUCUCAUUUCCAAGAACGGUAAAAUUUCAAACCUCUGAAUCUUCAGAACCAUCCUUUUUACCCAUUUUGAAAAAGAGGCCCAGCUCUGCACCCUGCCCAACCCCUCGCCGCUUCUCCUGAGCUUUAAUGGUCCUUCAGUACCUUCGGGACACCAUGGAGACCCAGUGGAGACUGAGUUUUGAAUAGCACUCAGCCUUUUAAACAGACCUCCACAUCCCUAGGAAGUUGAGACUUUCCUAAAUAAUCUCUCAGUUCUUUAAAAUAAUAAGGAUUCUUAAAAACCAUCUUCCUUCUGAAAUGGAAGAGUAAGAAGUUAACAGAGGGUGUGGAAAGGGCACAGGUGUUUUGAAUCUCCUUUUUUAAAUGUCUUAAGAGCUUUAGCCUUAGCUUUUCCGAUCUUACUCCUGUCAGCUCAUUCCUGCAGGCUGCUCCCUGGCAGUCCCGCCCAGUGUCUCCUCUCUUGGGUGUUUUUCUCCCUAGGGUGGAAUGAGGAUUGCCUUUCUCCCCCUCCAGUCAGGACUCUGCCGCCUUGGCUAGCAGGGGACAUGCUGCUGCAGACCGUCAGAUCCUCAAGGCUGUGCCUUCUUUCAGGAGACAGCUCCUAAUACUCUCCCAUCACUUCCUUACCUUGCCUGUGUCCAUCCUUUCUCCCUGUGCUUCUGUUUUCACCUUGAGGCUCUUUUUUUUUUCAAUUCCAAGUGAAGAGUAUGACCUCAGAGUAAGGACUCAGUAAGGACUCACCUAUCCUUUGUUGAGUUAAAGUCCUCAGAUUCCAGGAAUAAGACAGGGUGGCCACAUCACAGAGGAGCCACAAUAACACCUAGUAAAGCCCAUUAAAAGCUGCUGCAGCUGAGAAGGUUGGCCUGGUACACAGCCUUCUUUACCAGCCACGGCUGCAGCGCACAGAGGGAAGGGGGAGAGGAGAGAAAAUGAGACCUUGAGACAUUCUGUCCCCAGCUUCAAGGAUCUUCAUGUGCAGUUUCGGGAGGGAGUCAUUUUGAUGAUAGUUCUACAAAGAUUACCUGACUCCACUUACACAAGAAUGUGUAUUCAUAGCUGAUAUUAACUGUAUGUUCUUAUCGCAUCCAUAGGAUCCACUGAAGUAGAUUUGCCAAGUCAGCCUUUAGAAUUGGGUUGCGGGUUUUGGGAGUGGAUUGUUAGGAUGGAGAGGAAGGUGCUCAGGACACAGUUUCUGAUAAGUGUCAUGUAAACUGUUGAAACCUGUUGACUGGCGCUUUGUAGAGCUCUGUGUUCAUGUUCAGUGUCGACACCACUGUUCACCAAUUUUACCCGUCUUCACACAACACAAUCUGGCCUUGGUGCCCCUUGAGCCAUAGAUUAUUCUAUAGAAUAUUAGAAUAUAGAAUAGAAUUAGAAUAUAGAAUAUCUAUAUUCCAUAGAAUAUAGAAUAAUUUAUAGCAGGGUUCCACUCAGUCUGCAAUGGUCAUGAACAGUUAUCAAUAGCUAUAGAGCUCCAAGAGUCAAAUUGUAUCAGUUAAGAGUUUUCCACGUUUGCAGGUUUUGCCAUUCCCAAAAUGGGUUCAUAAUUAAAUUAAAGAAAAGGCAAAAGGAGGUAGGUUAGUAGUGAGACAGUCCUUAGCAGUUAGGGAUGACACAAUUUCUGGAGUCUACAAACUAAAGAAAUUUUAAUCUGAUCAUUGCAGCCUCUGAAAUCCAAAGUUAAAGAGCCUGUGGGUCUGUCCAAGUGGAGUUAGAAGACUUCAGAUUUGGGAUGACACUCAUUUAUUACUGACCAUAGCAGUGAAGAGGCCACGAAUGCAGGAAAUGGGCUUGGGACUCGGUCUUACUUUCAAUGAUCCACCACAGAGACCCUGAGACACAGAGCAGCUUAGAACUGAAGGCACCACGGUGUGUAAAUAGAGCCCUCUACUCCAGACCACCCCCUGAGCUGAGAACACAACCUCCAGCUGGGCUGGAGUGUCAAGCUUGGUGCAGGGUGACUUUAGCAAAGCUUUGUCAGACUGAUAAAACAAACUGGAAUUUGAGCUUUCACUUAACCCUAGUAUACUUUCUUUAAAAAAAAAUGAAUAAUAAUAAUCUAUGUGGUAUAAUCGAGAUGGAUACCUGUAUCUUUAAAUUAUGUAGGGAAUUUUGUAUGUUUAAUUGUACUGGGAUCCAUAAUGCUUAUCUUAGAAACUGUUUAGUAAAAGAAAAUAUAUAAACUGUGCAUUUGUGAAUGCCCCCCUUAGAGCAUUCAUCCAAGUUCAAUGUGUAGUGUGAUGGUUAUUAUAGAUAUUUAAAGUAUAGUAAGUGGCUGUGUAACAGGAGAGACUGCUAUUUACCUACGUACUUAAGGGCAACUCCUGCCCACGUAUUUAAAUCGGUAUUGUCCUUUCCUGUCGGUUUGAUCAGUUGCAGUACUGGUAGCUUCCUGCUUGUGACUGUUACCUAAUCGUGUCGAUGUACAUCUGUAGUAUGUACAUGUGAAAGUGCCUUUCUAUUUUAGAGGAGUCUUAGCCUUGCUCUUGUGCCGUUGCCCCGCGCUCCUCCCCGCCCACCUGCUCCUCCUGGUUCCCGCUGCCCACCUGAGUGUUUGGAAACGUCCUCUCUCCCGGCUUCUCCGGCCCCGCCUUCCUGUGCCUCGGUGCUCAGUAGUGUCCCGUCCUGCAUCCUCGUCCGUCAUCAGACUGUCUCGUCCUCCUCGUAGACGUGAUUGUGCCUUUCUCACCCCACCACACACACACACCGUUCCUCCCCUGCCCCGUCCACCCCCCGCUCGCGUGCUGCUGACUGCCACCGUGUCGCCCAGGCCCUGUGCUGCCUCUUACCACACAUCCCCUCCUCUCCGAGGCGAGAAUCAAGGGGAAUGCUUUUACAGUUCUGGAAGAAGAAAAAAAAACAAAAACAUGUUUUGUUAAUCUGUUGUGACAAUGCACUUUUAUGUAUAGUACUGUACAUUUUGGCAUGUACCAUUACAGGCUGCGGUAUACAGUCAGGUUUGUUCUCCACGGUGUAUCUUUAUAAUAAAUAAGAUAGUCCUGGCUGCCUUUGUC